UACUAAGUACUAUGUAAGCGGGUAGUGGGAGAAGAGCUGAUGGAGUGGAUGUUUAGUGUAGCCGAAAAUGGAGUUUCGUAUGGAGAAGAUAAAUAUGCAACACUGCAGCGAAAUCGCGAUAAACUGUAGUAACUUUACUAUGUACCGUUUGUGGCAUAACAGUCCCACGAGUGUUUCGUAGAUUACAGUUCUUGUGUCAAUAGUUUUCUGUUUCUUUUUUGUGUUAGCGAUGCGUAGUGAUAAAACUUGGUACAAAAUGACAAAAUUUCGACGAAAAUACGUGGUGGAAUGAGGAUGAUAUGGCGGCUUCUUUAAAAAGAAAUAGGUCGCGUAGGAGGAUAGCCGCAUUGACGUUCCUCUCAAAUAUCUCUCUUGAUGGUACACACAGAGACACAAACUUAGGGCUGUUUGCAAAGAAUGACCAAACAAAAAAAUUUGGUUUGGAUAGGGAGGGCAACGAAUACGAUGAUGAGAUUAAUUUACAAAAUGUGAACAAACAUAAUGUGUACGAUUCUCUACGCGAGCAGAGGAAAACGAAGGUGUAUCAACCUCCAGGCCACCACGGAAGAUCACAGGAGCAGCUUUCAGGAAGCCCGGAUUCGAGUCUAAGUGAUGUAGUAACUUCUUCCAAGUGCACAGAUAAUGAAUGUCAACUUUUGUCAAGAAAUGAGUCAUCUACCCCUUUCAGGGACAGGACAAAUACCACUGGCAGUGACUGUGGAAUUGAAAGAAAAUUUGGAUCUAUUAACUACAGAAGGCGACUUGUCCAUCAGACUUCACUCGGUGAUGAAAGAUAUCGACAUAAUUUCAGUAGCAGUGAGAGCCUUGGUUCCAAUUUAGGAGCUGGAAUAAGGCAGAAAUACCCAAGCAAUACAAUUCCAGAGGUUAUACAGCCAUUACCAUGUAAAGAGGUUAGAUUCACAAGGCCUGGAAAGGAACUUAUUUUUAGAGAAGAUAACAGACUGGUGUUGGUGUCAUCAAAGAGAGUGCCAUUUCUGAUAUUUUCUUCAAUUCCUUACAACAGGGGACUUCGUUCAGGAAGAAAUGAAAGAAGAGAAGGAGGACGGAGACGUCAUGCAUCAGGCACAAGGCCAUUAUCAUCAAUCAAUGAUGGCAGAGAUCCAUUUGAUCUUCUAGGCCUGGAAAAAGGUCAAGAUGGGCAAGAAAUAUCAUAUGGUGCUUUGCUGGUUCCAUCUAGACACUCCUUUCGUGACCGUAAACAUUUUGGGAUGGAUGGUGAGAUGGCAGAUUUGUCUCAUGGUCCUCAUGGAAGUUCCAGACAUGUUAUUGCACGGACAAAAGUCUUAACGUGGCAUAUGGAUCACAAAUGGUACUUUUCAUAUGAUGCCAGUGGGCACAGACCAUCAUAUCAUACAGCUCCUGGUUCACCACCUUUGCUCUUUGCCGACAAUAAAACAUUUGACUGGGACGAGACGCAUCAAGUGCACUCAUCUUUGGUUCAUUAUUCGCCAAAUGUAUUGGAUGAUCCAGAACUAAUUGCAGGCAAACAUCGAACACUUCUCACAUUCACCUCUUAUAUGACAUCAGUGAUUGACUAUGUGCGCCCAUCUGAUCUCAAGAAGGAAUUAAAUGAUAAAUUUAAGGAAAAAUUUCCUCACAUUAAGUUAACAUUAAGUAAACUCCGAAGUCUGAAAAGGGAAAUUAGGAAGAUUGCAAAACAGGAAUGUGGCAUUGACUUACUAACUGUUGCACAGGCGUACGUUUACUUUGAAAAAUUGAUCUUACGAAACCUUAUAAAUAAAGAAAAUCGUAAACUAUGUGCUGGAGCAUGUCUCCUCCUCUCAGCAAAACUAAAUGAUGUGAAAGGAGAUGUUCUGAAGAUGUUGAUUGAGAAAACAGAAAGCGUGUUCCGACUGAAUCGCAAGGAUUUAUUGGCGUCAGAAUUUGCUGUUCUAGUUGCACUGGAAUUUGCUCUGCACCUGCCAACAUGGGAAGUCUUCCCACAUUACCAACGCCUUGUUUAUGAAUCCUGACAGUUGCUGGAAUCUUCAGUACAUACAACUUCAGCUAUUCAAGAAAAUCUGUGCUACAGAGGAGUUGUUUAGUGGCAGUCAUUUUUCAACAGGAUGAAAGUGCAGGGAUGUUUGAAUACUUAGACUAUAUUAGUGUGACAAAAAAGAGCACCAAAUACAUUCGUGCUGAAUAAUAUACACAAAGUAAAUGGAAAAUUUCAUUUUACCAGAACUCUGUAAGAACAAAAGUGUUCCUUGUAGGAAGUGAUAACUGCAUAUAUUUGGUAUAUCGAUAUAUAUUUUGUUUUUCCUUUAAAUUAUCUGCAAUUAAAUACAUGUUUUGUUAAGAGUAAUUGAAUCAUUCACAGUAUAAGACAGGAGGAUGAUAUCUACUUAUCACAACUGUAUAAUUACACUGGGCUAGCAGAUAAACAAGAAAAGGUGACAAAGUUGGCAGUUCCAAAAGAAA